AUGUCGGAGGAGCACGAGAUGGACAAGACGAUCAAGGAAACCUCCAUUUUAGAGGAGUACAACAUUAACUGGACUCAGAAGUUGGGAGCUGGGAUCAGUGGUCCUGUGAGAGUCUGCAUGAAAAAAUCCUCUCAAGAACGUUUUGCACUGAAAAUCCUCCUCGAUCGUCCAAAAGCCAGAAAUGAGGUGCGUCUGCACAUGAUGUGUGCCACACAUCCGAAUAUUGUGCAGAUUAUUGAAGUUUAUGCUAACAGUGUGCAGUUCCCACACGAGUCCAGCCCAAGGGCUCGGCUCCUAAUUGUAAUGGAGAUGAUGGAAGGGGGAGAGCUCUUUCACAGAAUCAGCCAGCACCGGCACUUUACUGAGAAGCAAGCAAGCCAAGUAACAAAGCAGAUAGCUUUGGCUCUGCAGCAUUGCCACUCACUAAACAUUGCACACAGAGACCUCAAGCCUGAGAAUCUCCUCUUCAAGGACAACUCUCUGGAUGCACCUGUUAAAUUGUGUGACUUUGGGUUUGCCAAAGUAGACCAAGGUGACUUGAUGACACCACAGUUCACUCCGUACUACGUAGCACCUCAGGUAUUGGAGGCACAAAGAAGACACCAGAAAGAGAAGUCUGGCAUUAUCCCCACCUCUCCAACACCUUACACUUAUAACAAGAGCUGUGACCUGUGGUCCCUGGGUGUCAUCAUUUAUGUGAUGCUGUGUGGGUAUCCUCCCUUCUACUCCAAACACCACAGCAGGACGAUUCCAAAGGACAUGAGGAAAAAGAUCAUGACGGGCAGUUUUGAAUUCCCGGAGGAAGAAUGGAGCCAAAUCUCCGAAAUGGCCAAAGACAUCGUGCGGAA